AGAGACAUCCUGCAUGCCAGUUUCAUGUUAGUGCCCCAUGUGCCUUCCAUUAGAUAUGAACUAAAGUGAAAUUUGUUAAAAAGAGUAUAAUUUUUUUGGAGCGCACUAACUUAGGAUGGAAGGCGAGGCAAUAUUAAAAAAACAGAAGUGCAUUACCAAUCAACAAAUUUUUGACUCAAUUUCUACAGAACAAAAUGGUGUAAAAGCUCAUCUGAAUUCAACUGCUGAAGAAAAGACGGGGAAAAAAGCAUAUUCACAGACACUAUGGGCAACCUCUAAUGAAAAAUGCUUUGGAAAUGGGGAAAAAAUCACUAACUCAGGAACAAUUUCUACACUGCAUACUAAUUUUGGUAAUAAAGAAAAUUUAUCAUCCUUUGAACCGGUCAAGGAUGAAUUUUCAUUUCCCUGGGACUGUUGUAAGAUGAAGGAUGGACAAGUUUUAUCAGCAAAGAAUGAAAAUAGAUUGUCGAUUGAGAAAAUAUCAGAGCAAACCUCGGCAUUUGAGCAAUUCAUGUCCCAUCCAAAUACAAUGCAUUUCGAAAAGACAUUUUCAGAUUGGAACGAUUCAUCAUCACACGUCAAUAUUUUUUCAAAUGGACACUCAGAUGAGAAAAGUUCGUUUGAGAACAUAUCGAUCUCCAAUUCAACUCUUUUGCCCAGCGGUAAAGUUUCAGAGGGUGUCUGGUCUGGUGCAAAAAUAACGGUUGUUCCCCCGAGAAAAUGCAGAACCCCAUCACCGUACAUGUUCCAAAGCUCAUUAAACAGUAGCCAAAGUUCUAGUAACUCUAAAAACCGCAGAACAACUUUCCCACUUGAAAGAACUGACAGUGAAAAAUAUUUUAACCCAAUUACUUCAUCAAACGGAAAUCAGCCCAUCGAGCUUUUGGUUACAAAUUUAGACCAAAAUAUAGAUCCAACAGAAAUAAAAAAAAAUCUUCUUUUGUUGUUUCGAGAACAUGUCAUGGUCCUUCAUAUUUCAAUUUUUAUGCUAUCUGACGGAAAUUUCGCAGCAAGUGUAAAAGUGCCAUCAUUGCACGACGCUCAAUACGCCAUAUCACGCUUGCACCGUCGUAAAGUUGGAUAUAAAAGGCUUAUGAUUUCCUAUGCGCACUCUUCUCACAGUCAAAAUCCUCAGUUUAUUAGAUGGCAAGUGGUUUCACUGUUGAGAGAUGUCCCUCAUAACAAGCUUCCGUUAUUUUCAUUUCUCGAGCUAUUUGAAUCGCGCUACUUAACUACUGUAUCAGUUUCCGAACUGUAUAGGCUUAAAGAUAUCUGCACAAUUACAGAUGAGAAUGGACGCAUGGUGUCCUUAAAUUUGGAGUAUAGAAAGUCACCUACUCCUUCUCCAAGCUUGCCAUACUCUAACGUAAUUGAACUUCAUUGUUCUAAGCAUUAUAAAGUGAAACAGGGCCCCGGCAAAGGGUGGGCAGAACAAGAAGUUCCUCCUUUACCUAACGUAAUCGUAAAUCUUAAGCAGUUUUCAGAUCAUAUUUAUACAUUGCUUAAGACACAUAAUAAUAUCGUACCUCUAGCAAGUUUUUACGAUUGUUAUGAAUGUGAAUUCGGCCAGUUACCGAUUAGUGAGGGAGGAGUGCCUUUGGAACAUUUGGUGACUUGUGUUAAUAAUGUAAAACUGUCUUCAUCCAGUGGUGUAAAGUAUCUCGAACCUACUGUCACAAAUCAAAGUGAAGAGACAACAAUAGAACAAGAUGUCAAGUCAUCAAUUAGUCCAAAAUUAACAAAUGUAUUAAAUAUAUUUUCUCGAGAGCUUGUGGACUUGUUGAAAUCGCAGCCUCAUUCACAAGUCACAUUCAGUAGAUUUAUUCCAGCCUAUCAUCAUUAUUUCGGUAGACAGUGCCGUGUUGCAGAUUACGGCUUUACUCGGCUGAUUGAUUUACUUAUAGCUUUGCCGAAUGUUGUUCAAGUUCUAGGAGAAGGAAAUCGAAGGAUUGUGACACUAUCACAUCGCACACAAGUCAGAAGAUUCACUUCAGAUUUGUUGAGGGUAUUAAAAGUUCAGCCUAGCAAGAAGAUUUUGCUUUCAGAGCUGCCUGCAGCGUUUCAUAGUGUUUUAUCACGGCCAUUUGACCCGAUUGACUAUGGUCUCUGCUAUCUCAGUGAUCUUAUUGACCAAGUGUCUGAAAAUAUAGUAUUGCUCAGUCAAGUAGGUGAUGACCGGGUGAUAUAUAUACCAAAAAGGGAACAGACUCUCCAGGAAAUAGAAAGGACCAAGGCAUUUUCCUUGGAGGUCAUAGAGCUGUUAAGCCAUGCACCUCAAUGUGCGAUCAUGUUCAACAAAUUUAUACCAGCCUAUCAUCACCACUUUGGUCAUCAGUGCAGAAUGAUGGACUUUGGCUUUUCAAAACUGGUGGAACUUUUUGAAGCCAUUCCAGAGAUUGUUAAGAUGGAAGAAGAUGGGAAAGGUGAACGCAAAGUGUGUCUCACUUACAGCCAAAAGCUCAUUGUUUUGAGUGAACAAAUAUCUGGUUUAGUGACUCCUUAUUAUCCACCAGGCCUGCCAUUGGAAUAUCUUCUAGAUAUCUACAUUUGGAAAUUUGGUUAUGCACUUAAGACAGAAACAUAUCAAGCGUCAAGUCUAGAGGAAUUAGUUAGCAAUAUAACAACUGUAAAAAUUGUACACUCGGACAAAGGAAAGAUAAUAAUCCCAGUGGAGGAAGCUUUGGUAAAACAUUUAACAACGACAGUCAUGAGAAUACUUUUAGAUACAGCAGAAGGAAAAAUCACACAUUCCAUGUUAAAAACCCACUUUGAUUCAUUUCAUUAUGAACACAUCAAACCAACCAAUCUGGUCAAACUCAGCCCUGAUAUAAUAAAGAUACACGAAGAAAAUUCGGAAACUAUAAUUGAGCUCAUGCCGCUUUACCAGUUUGCAAGGAAGCUCUGCGAUAUAUUGGUGCGCAACGAAGGCCGAAUUUUGCUCUACAUCUUGGAAUCUGUGUAUUUUAGAACAUACCAAACUCAGUUGCAGCCGGCACAUUAUGGAUUUUCAAACAUUCAGAGCCUCCUGUCUGCAAUACCUCAAGUGAUCUCACUCAGAGGAAAAGGGAUGAAAAGGCUCAUCAUCCUCAACAGGGAAUUAAUGGCUACAAGAAAUAAACACACAGAUAUGGAUGCUAUAUCUUGCCCUCCUGUGCCAAAAGAUUUCUCUUUCUCAAAUGGCGAAGAUGAAGAUAGUAAAUUCAAUGUAACUUCCCCUGUGAAAUGGAAUAACCCGACCCAGGAUCCAUUAAUUAUUUUACCUGAUAUGCCAGUGCCACCAAUCGAUGUGUCAAUGUUUUCGCUGUUUUCGCCUUGUAAAAACUUAUUGCCUCCUUCAGCUAGGCCUUGUAUGCCAAAAGGCAUUUCUUUCGGCCAAAAUACUACAAGUUCAAAGCAUACUUCAAAUGGUCCGAAAGGAAAUAAUUUUACAAUGCCUAAUCAGAAUCACUGUUAUGAGGGCGUGAAUAAAAAACCUAUUAACAACAAUGUGGAGCAAACAGAACAAGUAUCUGCUGGAGCAGACUACCAUUUCCAUAUCUGAUAGUCAUAGUGAACAAUUUCUCUGGUGCAGAUUUCAAUUUUAUAACAUGUGGCAAAUUCGUCUGGGAUCGCAAGAACUCAUUUUGGAGCAUGGAAGUCAAUUUACAUCGUGAGUGUUAACGAUUUGUCUUAUUAUGAUAAUUAUUCCCUAUGUUGAGGAAAAUUUACACUUUUUAAUACAUAUUGAAUAACUUGUCUUUUUAAAUUAUUGUUUAUUGAAGUGUGUUAUGUAGAUGUAUAUACAAAUGUUAAUAUGAAAUCUUAUUAUUGAAAAAUAUGUUGGAUAUGAACUAGUAAGUAAAUUGUUAAAUUGUGCUCUGAUACUCUUAAAUUUGGAAGUUUGUUUAACAAAUAUAAAAAAUAAUAUGCUUUCAUAAUUCCAUAUAUUUUUGAUAAUGAGAUUAUCAUCUGUUGCCUUGCAUAAACAUUGUAAAGUUUUAACAUUUCAACUUUGUUUUAUUUUAAACGUUUUAUUGAAAUUGUAAUUUUUAGCAUGAUCAAAAUAAAUGGAAUAGUAAUCAUUGUUAAUAAUUGAAAUGUUUCGAGAUGAAUCUAUUGGAAGUGUCUUCCCAUUGGAUUCUUCUUGAAUAUUUUCAACCUUUGUAAUAAGCUCGCCGAAUUGUAUGCAAUUGUUAUUUUUUUAUAUAAAAGUAUGGAAUUAAUUUAUAUAUUUUUAUAGUGCUUUUAUAUAUUAUAAAUGGUACCGGAUAGGCAACCAUUUGAAAUAUUAUAUAUAACGGGUCGUAAUAUUAUUACUAUGUAACUAAACACACGUUAAUAAUUUGCAAUUUGUUGUUAAUUGAUGUGGGUUUGCCCUACUCUUUAUUUGCAUAUGUUACUUUAUUUU